AUGGCGUUACUGGCCUUUGCGGGGUUCUUAAGAUUCGACGAAUUGGAUAAUCUGAAACUUAAAGAUUUAGCUCUGCAUGACACUCAUUUUGAACUUUUUAUUGAAAGCAGUAAAACUGACCAAUUUCGCGAGGGCGCUAUUGUCCCCAUUGUCAAGUCUGGCACGGAUCUUUGCCCCUGGGAUAAUUUAGAGAAGUAUUUAUCGCAAGCUAAACUCACGUUACCGACAUCUUCCCAAGGUGGAGACGACUAUUUGUUCGGAAAUGUUCAAACCAAGCCUGGCUCUCGGUCCAUCCGCCUAGGCUCCAAAUCGUCUUAUACAAGAUGUAGAGAAAUUUUAUUGAAGAAGAUUGCAGACGUAGGCCUAGAUCCUAAGUCCUUCUCUUGGCACAACUUCAGAAGUGGCGGUGCAUCUGCCGCCGCUAAUGGUGGUAUCUCUGAUAGAAUGUUUAAGCGCCUUGGUAGAUGGCGUUCGGAAAACGCUAAGGAUGGCUACGUUGCAGACUCGUUAGAGAGCCGAUUAGCGGUCUCUAUGUCUCUUGGACUGUAA